CUCGACACUAACUCCUUUGAUGACGACUCGUCCUCUAAGAAACAGAUGAAACGCAGAUCUCAGACCGUGACUGAAGGAUCCACUUCUAAACGCGGCCGAAGACCAUCUGAGGCAACUCCCAGAGGCCGGGGAGGAAGAGGACGCGGUGGCCGAGGAGGUAGAGGACGUGGCGGCAGAGGUCGCGGUCGGAAACGAGAAGAAUGGGAGAUGUCUUCCGAAGAGGAAGAAGAAGAAGAGGUAUCUCUCGAUGACUCAGAAGAGGAAGAGAAGGAGGAAGAAGUGGAGGAAAAUGAGUCGUCAAACACUUACGAAAACGUUGUUCAACCGACAGAACAAAGUGUGUUUCAAACACAACUCGACUACACAUUAGGUCUUCAACAACAAGAGUACGCUUUGGGGGCACCGGUCGAGGCAGUGGCCACUCCGAGAGGAGGUCGUGGUCGUGGACGGGGACGGGGCAGAGGACAGGCCACCAGCUCUGGCCGCGGACGUGGCGGAGGCGGUCGUCGUAAAAAAGAGGCCGAAGAAACCGUUUCGGACGACAACAGUGCCGUUGAGAGUGAGUUGUCCACCAAUACGCCAAACGCCGGUAUCAAUGCCCUAAGGAUUUGGUUGAGACAGUCAACCAGUUAUAUGAACACCAAAAACAUCCUUCUCUUGCAUCAGAACUAUUUGAGUGAAAUAUUCUGCAAAUUCGUGGAAGAGAUCUGUCAGGUUCACGGACAGGCAUACACUCCCGACUACAUCUAUAUGCUGUGUCUCGACCUUCAGAAACAUUUGGCUCAAAACAAUCGUUUGGAUAACAUAUUUAUGGACCCCUCGUACAAACAGUUCAUUCACGCAAUCCAUACGCGUUUAGUUGACUACAACCCGCAGCUCACGUGCAUCCAAGAGGAGCACCUCUGGGAGUGCGGACAACUGGGCGCCCACUCGCCAACAGUGCUCCUCAACACUGUCAUGUUUUUGUCGACCAAAUACUUCCAUAUGGUUCAGUUGGAAGAGCACACGUCCUUCUCAUUCAGUAAUCUUAGCAAACAGUGGGCCAUCGAUGGCACCCAAUGCCUGGUCUUUCAGUCGGGACGCGGACGCAAGAAGAGGACACUCACGCUCUACGAGAACGUCGAGAAUCAACUUCGAUGUCCUGUCAAACUCUUUGAGUUCUAUCUCUCCAAAUGUCCCGAGAAUGUCACUCAAAGACGUGACAUGUUUUACUUGUAUCCCAUCGAGGGCUGUGUUCCCGACAGUAUGACCUGGUAUUCAUCGAACCCUAUGACCAACGCUUCGGUGACUAAAAUGUUGAAAAGAAUUCUUGUGGUGCGAGAGAUAGUUGCCAUCAGUGGUACUGCCACUUACUGAUCAUUCAAUCAUUUAACACAAUAAUUGUGUCGUUCAUUAAUAC